UAUUGACUUAUUACUGCUAAUUAAGGAUUUAUUGUCCCAACUCCUAUAUAUAAUUUCACCCAUUCUUGUAGUUCUCUUCUGAUUUACGGAGUAUAUGAUCUCUCUCUUUCUCUCUCUCUGCGAUUCCUAUCGUUUUCUGGGUACCAAUCUCGUUGACCUGAGUAUUCUUUGUUGUAUCUGUAAUCUGUGAAUCCAUUCAUGGAUGGGAAUAAUUGGAGAACGGCCCAAGCUCAGGGUCAGGCGCCGGCCGGCGAUGCCACCGCCCCGGCACCGGUGCCGGCAAACGGAGCUGUCGAGACUGGCGAUUGGCGGGCUCAGCUACAACCAGAAUCGCGUCAGAGGAUUGUCAACAAGAUAAUGGAGACUUUGAAGAGGCAUCUUCCCUUCUCUGGACCAGAAGGGCUUCAUGAGCUUAGGAAAAUUGCAGUAAGGUUUGAGGAAAAGAUUUAUGCUGCUGCUGUUAGUCAGUCAGAUUAUCUGAGGAAGAUAUCUUUAAAGAUGUUGUCUAUGGAGACAAAAUCACCAACUCCCAUGUCCAAUUCUCUGCAGUCUAACAAUACAUCUAGUGCUCAGAAUCCCCAACUUCCAGGGACACACAAUGUAAUGCAAAACCAGGUUAACGGCCAAGGACAGCCACUCUCUAUUCCAAUGGUGACCAAUCAAUCUCAAACACGACAGCAAUUGGUGUCUCAGAACAUUCAGAAUAAUAUAACAUCAACUGGACUGCCAAGUUCUGCAAAUAUGGUGCCUGCACUCCCUACUGGCAGCAAUUUGGCUCAACCUAGUGUGGCAAAUGUUGUCAACCAAUGUUCUGGUUUGCAGAAUAUUCAAGGUAUUCCCAAUGUUUCUCAAAACUCAGUGGCAAACACCAUGGGCCAAGGGAUGGGUUCCAAUAUGGUAGCCAAUUCUCAGAGACAGGUGCAGGGAAGGCAGCAACAGGUUAUUUCCCAACAGCAGCAGCACCAGCACCAGCACCAGCAGCAACAACAGGUUAUUUCCCAACAGCAGCAGCAGCAGCAGCAGCAGCAACAACAACAACAACAACAAUCUCAGAAUUCACAACAAAUUCUUUACCAGCAGCAUUUACACAAUCAAAUGAUGAAGCGAUCUUUGAUGCAAUCUCAUAUGCAACAACAGGAGCGGCAGCAACAGCAAAACUUACUACAACAGAAUCAGAUCCAAUCAUCUCAGCAAGCUGUCAUGCAGCCUUCUCUUCCGCAGAGCCAACAAGCUUCUGUUCAACAACCAACUCAAUCUGUACUUCAGCAACGUUCACAAUCAGUCCUCAGGCAACAACAAAGUCAACAGCCUCCAAUGAUUCAUCAACAGCAAGGAUCACUGCUGCAGCAGUCACUGAUGCAAAACCAACAGCAGCAACAACAGCAGCAGUUGAUUGGUCAGCAGCAGAGUGUUGCAAAUAUCCAACAGAACCAGUUGAUAGGCCAACAGAACAACUUACUUGACAUGCAGCAAUCUAGGGUGAUUGCCCAACAAAAUAACUACUCAAACAUACAACAGCAGCAAUUAAUUAAUCAGCAGAAUAACCUUCAGAAUAUACAUCAGCAAUUGAGCAGUCAAGGUAAUGUCGUUGGGCUACAGCAACAGCAGAUGCCUGGAAAUCAAUCCUCUAGUUCUGGAUUGCCUACUAAUCAGCAUCCUAUCCAAAUGUUACAACAUUCAAAGGUUCCAGUGCAGCAACAAAUGCUGUCAAAUUCCACAAUAUUGCAAACGCAAGGUCUUCAUUCGCAAGCACAGCAGACACAGCAGCAGAUGAUGUCUCAGAGUCAAGCACAACCUGGAGCAUUGCAACCACCAUUAGGAUUGCAGCACCAACGAAUUCAAGCAUCAAGUCCCUUGCUUCAACAGAAUGUGAUUGAUCAACAGAAGCAACUUUUUCAGCAGCAGAGGACCACUCCAGAAGCCUCAUCAACAUCUCUGGAUUCAACAGCUCAGACGGGAAAUGCAAAUGGAGCUGAUUGGCAGGAAGAGGUUUACCAAAAGAUCAAGUCCAUGAAAGAUAUGUAUUUUAUGGAUCUUACCGACUUGCAUGGGAAGAUUUCUACCAAAUUGGCUCAGUGUGAGUCUCUUCCUCAGCAACCCCCAACUGAUCAAAUUAACAAGCUCAGGAACUUUAAAAGUAUGGUGGAACGCUUUCUACAUUUCUUGCAGCUUAACAAGAGUGAGGUUCAGCUGCAACACAAGGAGAGAAUGGUUUCCUAUGAGAAACAAAUACAUUAUUUUCUUGCUUCCAACAGGCCCCGAAAACCUGUGCAGCAAGGGCAACCUCAGCACACACAUACUCAUGACAAUCAAAUUAAUCCUCAGAUGCAAUCUGUAAAUCUACAGGGCUCCAUGGCAACAAUGCAGCACAGUUCAUUAUCAUCUGUAUCUGCUGUUUCAGGCUCUCAGCAGAACAUGAUAAACACCCUUCAACAUGGUACUGGUGUGGAUUUGGGGCAGGGUAGUUCAUUAAGUUCACUGCAGGCGGUGGCUACUGGAUCUUUACAGCAGAAUCCUGUCAGUGGUCCUCAACAGAUAAACAUGAGCUCACUAUCAUCACAAAGUGGUGCAAAUACACUGCAGUCAAACCUGAGUACCUUACAGCCGAGUUCUAAUGUACUUCAACACCAGCAUCCUAAACAACAUGAGCAGCAGAUGCUGCAUAACCAGCAAAUGAGACAUCAAAUGCAACAACAACAACUUUUGCAUAAGCAACAGCUAAUGCAACAGCAGCAGCAAAUAAAGCAAUCACAGACUCCAUUGACAGCACAUCAGUUGCAACAGCUUCACCAGAUAUCUGAUUCUAAUGAUAUGAAGAUGAGGCAACAGAUUGGUAUGAAUGGUAUCAAAUCAGGUGUGCUUCCACAGCAUCAGUCCAUAGGCCAGCGCGUGGCAGCACAGCACCCCCAUCAUAAGUCAAAUAUUUCAUCACCUCAACUUCAACAGGCCUUAUCUCCCCAGCUGUCCCAGCAUCCAUCUCCACAAAUUGACCAGCAAAAUAUUUUGGCUUCUCUGACUAAAGCUGGAACACCUCUCCAAUCUGCAAGCUCACCUUUUGUUGUCCCUUCUCCUUCAACUCCCUUGGCUCCAUCUCCCAUGCCUGGGGAGUCUGAGAAAGUUAGUGCUGGCAUUCAGUCACUCCCUAAUGCUGGAAGCAUAGGGCAUCAACAAGCUACUGGUGCAUCUGCACCAGGUCAAUCUCUUGCAAUUGGUACUCCAGGGAUAUCAGCAUCACCUUUGCUUGCUGAAUUUUCCAGUCUAGAUGGAGCACAUGCAAAUGUGUCAACCGUUUCUGGAAAGUCGAGUGUAGAACAACCCCUGGAACGCUUGAUUAAAGUGGCAAGUAGGAUGUCUCCUGAGGCAUUCAGUUCAUCAGUUAGUGACAUCAGCUCCGUUGUCAGCAUGAUUGACAGAAUAGCUGGAUCUGCACCAGGAAAUGGAUCAAGGGCAGCUGUUGGUGAAGAUUUGGUUGCCUUGACAAGGUGUCGUCUGCAAGCAAGAAAUUUCUUUACACAGGAUGGACCUACUGGAACAAAGAAAAUGAAACGGUAUACAACUUCAAAUGUAGUGUCAUCUAGUGGAAGUGUGAAUGACAGUUUUAGACAGCUGAUUGGCUCUGAAACAUCUGAUUUAGAGUCUACAGCAACAUCCAGUGCCAAAAUGCCAAGGAUUGAGGUUAAUCAUGCACUCAUUGAAGAGAUAAAGGAUAUUAAUCGACGAUUGAUAGAUACUGUAGUCGAAAUCAGUGAUGAAGGUGUUGAUCCAAGUACUCGAGCUCCUGCAGCAGUUGGCAGUGAAGGUACCACCAUUAAGUGUUCGUUCAAUGCUGUAGCUCUAAGUCCAAAUUUGAAAUCACAGUUUGCUUCAGCACUAAUGUCACCAAUUCAGCCUUUGAGAUUGCUCGUUCCUGCUAAUUAUCCGAAGUGCUCUCCUAUACUCUUGGAGAAGUUCCCAGUUGAAAUAAGCAAGGAGUACGAGGAUCUGUCGAUAAAGGCCAAGUCAAGGUUCUGUGCAUCUCUCAGAAGUCUAUCUCAACCGAUGUCAUUGAAGGAGAUGGCAAGGACCUGGGAUAUCUGUGCACGUGCAGUCAUCUCCGAGUACGCGCAACAAAGCGGUGGGGGAAGUUUCAGCUCAAAGUAUGGGACUUGGGAAAGCUGUUUGAGUAGCGGAUGAGCAAACUCUUCUAAUAAUAUACAGAGUAACAUCAAAAGGAUGUCUGGCUUUUGUUGCCUCCAAUUCCGAGUAUGGUCUGGAGUUUCAAUGGCAUAAAGGUUUUGUCAGCAGCAUACUAUUUUUUUUCCUCUUCCAUACACAUUUCUGUUUGUUUUCUUACAGCCUUGAGCCGACUGCCGAGCCAUAGUAAUGUUAGGUUGCUUUGCUUUUAUUUGAUCUGGCAGAGGCAAAAUAGUGGGUAUGUGAGGGGCAAAUAGUAAAAGAUUAUAUGUAUAGUUCCAAUAACAUGAAACUAUGAAAGGCUGCCUUGUGAGAUGAGUUUUUUUUUUUUUUUUUUGCUGAAAUGAAAGGAUUUGCAUUCCUUUUUC